UGUGUAUAUAUAUCCCUUUCUCAAACACUACCUUCUCUUCCAUCUCAUCACACUCCUAAAGAGCAAACAUGAUCCCAACAAGUCUUCUCUUGGCAACUUUGAUCCUCACUGCUUCACUUGGUGGCUUGUCUGCCCGACCUGAGUCCACCGGAGCCUUCUCAGCUGAGCUCAAGCACUCAAACAACAAGAACAAGGGUGGUGGAGCUGGUGGCAAUAAUGGUGGUGGAAACAAUGGCGGCGGCGGCGGCAUGGGAGGGUUCUUUGGGCCCGGAGGUGGGUUUGACAUACCCGGAUUUGGAAAGGGCUUUGGAGGCGGCUAUGGUGGAGGGUACGGCGGUCCGAACGGAGGCUCCUCCAAGGGUGGUAUCGUGAGGCCUACUCAGGUGUGCAAAGAAAAGGGUCCUUGCUUCAACAAGAAGCUGACAUGUCCCGCUAAGUGCUUCACCUCCUACAGCCGCUCAGGGAAGGGCUACGGCGGCGGCGGCGGAGGCGGUGGGUGCACCAUCGACUGCAAGAAGUGUACUGCUUAUUGCUAGAGGAAUAGGGCUGGUUUGUUCUUGUUAUGAUGGAACCAGUAGAUGGUAAACUAUUAGUAUAUAGAAAUUAUGAGUUUGUAAUAGUUCCUAUGAGACUGUUCUAUGUUUUUACUGAGUCACUUCCUCUCUAAUCUAUUAGUUAAAUAAAGAAUUAGUUGGUAA